CCGGGAGGGACUUACUCCUGAGUGGAGAGAGGACAGAGGCGUGGCUGGACCUGGCCCGCCCUGGAGAGCCACGCCGCCUUCAUGCUUUACCGACGUCAUCCAACAAGCGCUCCCCGCCGGUCACUUCCAGGCGCGGGAGUUUGUGUGUGGUGAGGGGAAUCGUACCAAACCUUUCGCCGUGACGUCACGGCCAGCUUCGGAGCGGUGCUGGCGAAGGGCAGCGAACUGACAAACAGAGCUUGUGCCCGAGUCACCGGCGGCGGAAGUGCGUCACCGCCUUUCCCGGAAGUUGCUGCGGAGUCUCUUCCGGCCGUCUGAACGUGGCCUGAGCCGCAGCAGGAGCCGCCGCCGCCGCCAUGGUGAAGCCGGGAUUCAAGGGCCGCGCCAGCAUCAACCCCUCGCGGGCCAGCACCAACCCCGGUGAGUGAGUGAGUGGGGUGGGCGGGCAGGGGAAAGGAGCGAAGGUCGAGAGGCGGGGGUAGCCCCUCCGGGCAGGAUCCUGCGCUCCUCCCACGGCGUGCUGGGCCUCUGCGCUGGUCCGCAGCAGAGCUGCAGGCGGAGGCCUCCCCCGGCACCCCUGCAGCCCAAGAGCUUUUCUCUUUAUAGCUGCCACCGAGCAGGUGGGGCCGCACUUGGAAGAAUGCGUCAUGAGGCAUAUGGGGGCAAUAAAAAAAUAAAAAAUAGGUAUUAAUUUCUCCUGAACUGGCGGAAAGUGACCAGGAGCCUCAGGGUCCUAGUGGCUAGCACGAUGAGGAUGUCGAAAAAGGUCAAUUCCAUGCUAGGGAUCGUUAGAAAAGGAAUUGGAAAUAAAGCCGCCAAUCUCAUAACGCCGUUAUGCAAAACUAUGGUGCUACUUCCCCAAGAGGAAAGGUUGCAGCAUUUGGGACUUUAGGAAAGGUGAGUAAGAGGUGACAUGAUAGAAGUUAAUAAAAGUAUACAUGGCCUGGAGAAAGUGGAUAGAGAAAAGGAUUUAUUCCUGUCUGAUAACACUAGUGCUCACGGACAUCCAAAGAAGCUGAAUGUUGGAUAACUCGGGACACAUAAAAUGAGGUAUUUGUUAAAUUCUGGAACUCGCACUCACAGGAGGCAGUGAUGGCCUCCAACUUGGAUGGCUUUCAAAAAGGACUAGACAAAUUCACGAAGAAGAGGGCUACCAAUGACUACUAGCCAGUAUGGCUAUGCUGUGCCUCCACAGUUGGAGGCAGCCAGUUGCUAGCAUUCCACAGUAAGGGAGGUGCUCUUGUGCUUGAAUCUUGCUUUUGGGUUUUGCAUAGGCACCUGGAUGGUUGGCUGCUGUGAGAAGAACAGGAGUUUGGACUAGCUGGAACCCUUUUGGCCUGAUCCAGCAAGCUAUUCUUAUGGAUCUUGACAUAGCUGUUCAGGCUGUGUCUGAGCAUUGCACUACCAGGUUUUAUAGUAUGGCCUUAACCAACCUGGUACCCUCAAGAGGUUGGGGCUACAACUCCCAUCUGCCUCAGCUAGCUGAGGUGGGUGGGAGUUAUAGCCUCAAACAUCUGCAAAGCACCAGGUGGAUGAAGCAGUACAUUGACAAACUCUGUGGAGCCACUUAGGUCCAUGGUGACAGAAGAUGGUAGCAUAGAUGUCACAGGGGGAAAAUGUUUUUCUUUUAACAGUUCCUUUUCUUCAUCUUUGGUUACUUGCGUCCACACAAGCUGACACAGGUUCCUUCAUUUGUACAAUUCCUCACUUACAAUUUGUACAAUUCCUCACUUAAAAUUCUUUUAAUUUUUGGUCACAGUUUAGUCACCAUGUCUUUCAUUUUCUCUCUCCCUCAUCCCCAUCACGUUAGAUCGGCCAAAUGGCGCUGGAGGCCACAACAUGCGGGACCGGGCAACCAUCCGGCGCCUCAACAUGUACAGGCAGAAGGAACGCAGGUGAGGCUGGGUGUGUGUAUGCCAUGAACUGCAAUAAACACAGUACUGUCUGGAGGGUUUCCUAGUCAGGGCGUUGCGGUUCCUGAAAUGACAAAUUCGUGGAGAGGACCAUAAUGGCUAUGCUCUGCUUCCACGGCUGGAGGCAGCAAUACUUCUGAAUACUAGUUGCUGGAGACCACAGGAGGGGAGAUUGCUCUUGUGCUCAGGUCCUGCUCAUGGGUUUCCCAUUUGUGGCAUCUGUUCGGCCACUGUGAAACUAGGGUGCUGGACAGGAUGCCAUUGGCCUGAUCCAACAGGUUCUUCGUAUGUUCUUGUGUAAAAUGGCAUUUAAAGAGGACUUUUCCUGAGACCAGCAAAUGUUUCACAAUCAUGUUUCAUGAGGAAGCUUGAUGCAGAAAUUCAUUUUAGUCAGUAAAAGGAAAGGGAUUCAUUUAUUAGUUGGUUCAGUUUACAUCUUACACUUCAUGAGUUCCAUUGAUCUCAGAGCAGGUUUUUUUUAAUAAUAAUAAUAAUAAUAAUAAUAUAUUUAUCUAUACCCCAGCGACAUUUCAACAUGCUAUAAAGCAGUGCUAUUUUAACAAGAUAAAGUAGAACAAAUAUCAAUUCAGUGAUAAGAUUACAGCAGAGCAGCACUAGUAGCUAGUGAGGUAUUUGCUCAGCUCUCCCCUCUUACCAAAACCUGAUUGAAAAAAUGAGUUUUUAGAGUUUUGCGUUACAUCUUCAAAGCAAAUUCCAUGGAGGUUUCUGGAGAAGAAAGGAAAAAAAACUUGUUGGCAGCCACAGGAGGGAAUAGUUUGGAUUGGGUCUAUACAGGAAGAAGGAAGUUCUAACCCUUUGCCCCUGUACAGUGGCCUAGAUCCAAAUCAUUUUCUCUUGUCAGCUGCUAUAACAUGCAUAAGGGAAAAAGUACAAUCUUAAGCGCUUAAGGCCUGAAGUCCUUUUCUCUAUGGUUAAUAGAAGUUCUGGAUUGGGAUAGAAUUUUGAUCAGGGCUGUGACAUAGGGCAAAGAGUUAGGUUGCUUCCAGCCUUCGGCAGCAUGACCUGGAUCCAAAUUGUCUCUUCCACGGGGUUGCUUUUUGUAAUAUAAGAAUAUUGCAAUAUUUGGUCAUACCAUGUAUGGUUUGCUCAUACCAUGUGAGGCUGUUCAUUAGAUCUUGUGGGUUAUAAAGUAUAAAAGCACAAAGCAAACGAUGAAACAAAAAAAGUUAAAUAUUUACAACCAAGUCCUUCCCUAAUUUUGAGAGAGCAAUAGUGGUCUCUCCAGAACAAUCUUCCCUUACUGCCAUCUGUGGAAGCCAAAAGCCCGUUCUCUUCUGGGUUGCAGCCCUGUGAUUUUUCAGUUUUGCCUCCUAUUAAAGCCAUGCUCUCCUGCAAGAAGCAGUGCUGGAUAUGCAAAUAAAUAAAAGCAAGCAACUGCCUGUGCACAUCAAAUUGUGGUUCUUGCAGUCUGAAUUCCUGCAGACUCCUGGCAGCUGACUUUUUGAUCAGAAAUCCAAUAAGCUAAAGCACAAUUUGUUGGUGGACUGCCUAAUACCUGCUGGGAUUACUGUUGUGUGUGUGUGUGUUUUAAAAGGCUGCUUUAGGUAGAUCCUUGUGUCCUCUUCAGCAAGAGCACAUAUAUACUCAGGAUAAAAGAUGAUAUAUUUGUUUAAACUUUUAUCAAGGAAAAUAUUCAGCAUAUGGACUCUCCCUGGAAGUUUACAACACCCAUCAGUGCAUCACAGGGAGCUGUUCUUGCAGGACAUUGGACUAGAUGAUUUUUUUUACUUUCUAACUCUAUGGUUCUAUGAUUCCAUGAAAAGAAGUUGUCUGCCCAACUGUUGGUCUGUUAGUUUUUCUUGUUUAAAUCCUGUAAGUAAUAAAUCUACUUCUUCUGUAAGUUGCUGAAUAGCUGGAGACCCCCAAUCUGUUUCUUCUCUUCUUAAAGUAAAUGAAAAGUGGUCCAUUAGCAUUAAUAGUUAUCCCCAGACUUUGCUUUAAUUAGCAUCCUUUUCAUGUCGCAGCAAGAGAUUAGUAAGCAGAAGUGGUUGUGGGGCUCUCUCCUUCAAGCUAGUUACUGUGGUGUGUGUGUUUCUUCUGUCAGGUAUUCACUGCUAAAAGGGCACUUCCCCCACCCCACUUAGUUGAGACACAACUUUUGCUACCCCACCUUUCCUCGAUGCCAUUCUUGCCUGCUCUUCCCUCAAGAUCAUGUUCCCAUGCUUUUCUGCUUCUGAGCUGAGCUUGAGAGCAACUAACCUAUUGUUGCCCAUCCAACCACCUCAGCACUUGGCAGGAAAGGGUUUCGUGCUGACUCAGCACUUCAGAAGAGGCCACAUGACAUGCAGGUCUUUCCCCCAUCACUGAGCCCGGGGAGCCACUGUUUUCGAAAGUCCUUCUAUCUCUGUAAGCUGAUUCAGAUACAGGUUCUUAAUAAACAGGGCUCAAGACCCUCUUGCCAUCCCCUCUGCUCCCUCACCUGUUGCCCUGACACAUGGGAUUGGCAGACAUGCAUCACACCAGUGUUGCCGAGGAGAGUCACAGCCGCUUUGCUGGAAACCUAGAUCUGGGUGAAGCUGCCCUUCUUCAGCUGCGAGGCUGAAGUCACUGCUGCCUCCUGUUUUCCUCAGACUUGGCGCCUGCUUCUGUACUGUCUGUAAACAAGUCGAUUUCAUGCCCCGUUGUGCAGCCGGCAUGUGCUCUGUACCCCUGAGCAGGUGCUAAAUGGAAGCAGCCUUGCUGUGUCUCCCCAAACAUCUCUGCCUGUGAAAGGGGGCCAAGGGCAAAAUGUGGAACCUCUUAGUGAUGUGUUUUUCAGAGGCUCUGCUCCAUUGCUUGGCGCGGCCUGUGGAAAAGUGUCAGCCUUGGGUAACAGGCAUUCUUGCCCCCGCCUCGGUAACCCUCCUGCCCUCCCGCCUGACAUGCAGCCAAGGAGCCCUUAUUGCUUCCAGUUGUUCACCUGGAGCCGUACAAUCAGCUCCCUUCUGCUCCGUCUUGUGUUUCGCUUGAGCGUUUGCCCUUUCCUUCAAGCCAAGGAGCAGGGGCGGGAUGGAGGGACCAGCUUAUUACUCCCCUGGGAGCCCUUAUAGGUACGGUUUUGUUUCUGUCAAGUACAUUUUCUGCAGUCCUCCAAUUCCAAACAUGUUUUACAAUCUUAGCUGUGUUCGCCCUCUUAAUACAUCGGAAUCUGCGAGUCGGCUGAGUGGUCCAUCUAGCUCCUUAUUGUCCACGCUAAUUGGCACCAGCUGAUCGGAGUUCUUCCAGGGAAGGAAUCUGGGACCUUUUGCAUGCAAAGUGUGUCCUCCGCUCCUGAGCCUUUGGCUCCCUGUUUCCAAUUCAGGGUUGGGGAAAUGGAAGCUGAAAGGGACUAGCUUCCCUCAGACAGGAUCAAGCACAAGCCAGCUCUCCAGUGGCUGUUCUUUGUCUGCAGGAACAAUCGUGGGAAAGUCAUCCGGCCACUUCAGUUCCAGUCCACGGUAGCACCCGGCACGGUGGCAAGAGUGGAGCCCAACAUCAAAUGGUUUGGUGAGAUUGUUUUUGGCUAUGCUGUGGCACAGUUUUUUUUUAAGGAUUUCUUCCUUGGGUGAAAGGCAGACGUGCAGGGACCCUAGUCAAAGAGCUGGGUUUGGAUAAAGGCCACCUUGCACCUGCUCCUAAAUAACUGCUUAUUUCAUCAAGCCCAAGGUGUGGGAGGCACCAUAUUGGGCCUGGGGUGCCCCCAUUUAUGGUUCUCUCAAUGCAGGUAACACAAGGGUGAUCAAGCAGUCGUCCCUCCAGAAGUUCCAGGAGGAGAUGGAGACAGUGAUGAAGGACCCCUACAGAGUUGUCAUGAAGCAAACCAAGCUGCCACUCUCUCUCCUCCAUGACCGAAUUAAGCCUCAUGUAAGUCCUCCUCAUACCACCUUGUGGUGGGGACUCUUCUCUCCCCACAGCAUCCAAGGCCCCUAUUUUGUUCUUUUCUUGGGUGUGGUUGUAUGCAUGCUGGACUCUGGGGAAGACUUCUGGGUUACAUUUCCCACGCAUUCGCAGAGAAAAGCAUAUUCCAGUAGGCGUAAUUGCAGUAGGUGCAAUUAAAGACCUAGUGAAGGUGUGAAAAUUGACUUUGCAAAAUAACUCCACAUAAAGGUUAUUCUCUAGUCCACCAGUGCACAGAUGCCGACAUGCCCAGAGAGGAGGGGGGCAGCCUUUGUUAGGCUUUGUUGCCUGAGUGUGCGUGUCCCUCCUCAUCUUAGUCCAUUCAUGUAAACCAUGUGUCAUUUUGUGGUUCGCACCUGCUGAAUUGCUUGUCUCUGUAAACCCCCCUCUAGACUUUUCUCCCUUCCCGCAAAACUCCCCAGUGCCUGUGGGCUGCUUCCGAGUGAGUAGGAGCCUUCCUUUGGUUCCAAGCCUGAUUGGCUGGAGGAGGGCCCUGUAGAAUAUGAUUACGUUUGCAACUUAUAGAUGUAAACUGAGUUGCAGCGUGGCUGCUCACCCUUUGCCAGGAGGUGCCCAUCAUGCAAGGGCUCAGUAAACUUGGGGGGGGGGGGUGUUUCUUGACCCAUCUAUUCCAGCACCGUGUUCUUAUAGUGGCCUCCUAGUUGCCCAUAGAGGAAAGCUACAGGAACCCUCUCCCCUCCUGUGCCUUAAUAAUAAUAAUAAUAAUAAUAAAUUUUAUUUAUACCCUGCUCUUUCUGGCCAGAGCCAGGCUCAGGGCUGCUAACACCAAUAAAAUUACAGUAAAAUCAUAAUAGGGAAAAAAACCCACCAAUUUAAAACACAGGUUAAAAUGCAAUUUAAAAUGCAGUCUCAUUUUAAAAGUAGCCCAUAGAUCAAAACUAUAAGGGGAGGGAAAACAUAAGGGUCAGACUGAGUCCAAACCAAAGGCCAGGCAGAACAGCUCUGUCUUGCAGGCCCUGAGGAAAGAUGUCAGGUCCCGCAGGGCCCUAGUCUCUUGUGACAGAGCAUUCCACCAAGUCGGGGCCAGUUCUGAAAAGGCCCUGGCCCUAGUUGUGACCAAUUUAACCACCUUGCAACCUGGGACCUCCAAAAUGUUGUCAUUUGUGGACCUUAAGGUCCUCCGCGGGGCAUACCAGGAGAGUCGGUUCCGUAGGUAUGUGGAUCCUAGGCCGCAUAGGGCUUUAAAUGCAACUGGCAUUUGGAAGCAUUGCUGCCUUGAACUGUGGAGGCAGAGCAAAACCAUCAUGGCUAGUAGCCACCAAUUGCCCUCCUCCUCCAUGCAUUUGUCUAAUCUUCUUUUAAAGCCCUCGAAGUUGGAGGCCAUUGCUGCCCUCUGUUGCAUGCCAGGUGUGUUCAUGUGGAACAUGUAUGCGGUCUGUGGUGUUUCUCUGGUAGCCAGAUGUGCCAAUUCCCAACUCCGGGCCAUUGCCCAGGCCUGGCACUGAAGAGGAGGCCGCUUGGCUCUGUCCUCUGGCUUCUUAGGUCCGCCCCACAGCCGGUGCCUUUCAUCUCAAGCCCAACAUUCCCUCUGCUCUGGCCCACGAGCCGGGCUCUUUCUUCUACGCAUACUGAGCUCUCGCAGGACAAUUUUGUUUUCUCACGAGUUUCCAUGUGUCUCCAAUAAAAGGAAAACAUCCUAAAUUAAGAAAAGAGUUCUGUGUAACUUGAGUGCACAUCACUUAAAUGAGCAAGCCUUGCUCUCUGUAGGAGACUCGCUUCCAAGAAAAGGGCUGGCCCUUGCAACUGGACUUUGAAAGAACAAAGCAAAAUGGGAGGCAGAUUCUCCCUGACAAAUCUGGGCCGUGGCUGGAUCUGGAGCCCUCUUCGAUGGAACUGAGCAGAGAGAGCAGAGGGAUUUGCACCCUUGUAGCUUUAAUUGCGUUGGACUGAGCGAAUGGUAAUCUUAAUAAUAAGAGAAAUGGAGCAGGUCUUUCUGGCAAGCCCCAGGGCUGUGGCUCAGGUCUGCUGGGCUGCUGCUCUCAGAAAAAACCCCAAACAACAACAGAACAGGGGCAGUACGUUGUCCAAAUCAGUUUAACUUGGGUGUCUUGUUCUGAGCCAGGGCAAAUGAGGUGUGACUUCUCCCUCCCCCCCCUUGCCUUUCAGAAUUCCAAAGUCCACAUUCUCGACACAGAAACGUUUGAAACUACAUUUGGCCCCAAAGCACAAAGGAAGCGGCCCAACCUCUCGGCAAGUGAUGUGCAGUCCCUGGUGGAAAAUGCCACAGCUGGAGCCAGCAGCUAUGACCAAGAAAAGGACAGGGAUCGGGUGACAGAAGAUACUGGAGUGAGGUGAGCCCCUGGAGCAUCCUCCUAGGGAAGGGGAUCCCUCUCCCGUCUCUUUGUCUUUCUCUCCUCCCCUCUCCUCAAGGGCCCCGUUGGCUGAGUUAGCAAGACGGGAAUUGGAGCUUUUUACCCUGAGUCAAAGGCAGGGCUAACUGGUUUUUUUCCUGUCUCAUGGACUGGGCUGGAUCACUCCCUCAGAACAGGCUAGCUAAUUCACUAGCUGAGAGCCUGUGUGGUUUAGUGGUUACAGCAUCAGACUAAGACCUGAGAGACCAGGGUUCAGAUCCCCAUUCAUCUCACUGGGUGUCCUUGGGCCAGUCACAGCCUCUCAGCCUAACCUACCUCACAGGCUUGUUAUGACACCUUCAACUGCUUCUUUGCAGGGAGGAGGCGCGAGAGGAGAUCUACAAGAAGGGGCAGUCCAAGCGCAUCUGGGGAGAACUGUACAAGGUAGGCUCUGUGGAACUGUGGGAAGGAGGGCAGUUCCCAUCUCUCAGCCGGAACGUGACCCAAUAGGUCCCUUCAGUUGCUCUCCAUCCAUUUGCUUCUGGGAAGGGCCUUGCAGAGGUAAUCCCUGCUGUGAUGUUCUGUGUGCUGCUUCCUUCCUUAUGACUUCAGGCUUAUACAGGGGAGGCGUGAUGACAGUGCGGCGUAGCGGUUUCAGUCUAGGGCCCGGGAGACCAGAGCUCAAAUCCCUACUUGGCCAUGAAGCUUGGCCUGCCUCACAGGGCUGCUGUGGGGAUAAAAUGAGAAGGAGGACUAUGUUUGUCACCUUGAACUCCUUGGAGGAAGGGGGAUAUAAAAGCAGUUAAUCAAUCAAUAGCAACAGCAGUUCUGGGUCCCAGCUCAGCUCACUGAGGCCCUCUGACCUCUCCUUUAAAUUGUUGUUGCUGCAUUUUCCUUAUCUCUGCUGUGUCCAGAGUUCUGUGUUCAUAGCAGCACUCAGCCACUUCCCUUAGCUUACACAUGCACUUGUUUUUGUGUGUAUGAGAGAGAAUGUGCACCUUAUGUUUUCAGACAACCUCUUUGUUCAGAAGUCUUUGGUAAUGUAAAACAGCCAGAGCAGAACUGCUGUUCCCCAUUCCACUAACCUCUGAACCCAGCCUGGUGAAUUUCAGCAGUUUGAGUGUGGGAGCUGGACCUUUUUGCAAUAGAUGCUCUUGUGUUUUCUGCAAGCUAAGCUGGUCCUGAUCCUGGAGCCUGGUCUUUCCCCCUUUCCAUGCUGGACUUGCAAAAGUAAGCAGUCUGAAUUAGUUUCCCUUCCGUGUUCUUUCCUGUUUGGAAGAGUACGAGGACUGCCGAAGGUAGCAAGACUGUAGGGCCUGAUGGUGGCCUGAGCCAGUCUGUGGCAGUGGGUCUGGGUUGCUGAUAGGACUGUGCAAUAAAUAAGUGUUUAAACAAGGCAGGCAAUAGGCUUCCCAGGGGGCACCUCAGCUGAACCUGUACAGAUAAUUUGCAGGCAGUGUCUCACUCUUUCAGAUCCACUGGUAUCUUUCCACUUAAAAAAAGGUAAAAGUACCUCUGACCAUUAGGUCCAGUCGCGGACGACUCUGGGGUUGUGGCGCUCAUCUCGCUUUACUGGCUGAGGGAGCCGGUGUUUGUCCAGAGACAGCUUCCAGGUCAUGUGGUCAGCAUGACUAAGCUGCUUCUGGCGAACCAGAGCAGCUCAUGGAAACACUGUUUACCUUCCCACCGGAGCAGUACCUAAUUAUCUACUUGCACUUGACAUGCAUUCGAACUGCUAGGUUGGCAGGAGCAGGGACUGAGCAACGGGAGCUCACCCUGUUGCGGGGAUUUGAACCGCCAACCUUCUGAUCAGCAAGCUCUAGGCUCUGUGGUUUAGACCACAGUGCCACCCACGUCCCUAUCUUUCCACUUAGAGCUCAGCUAAUUAUGCAGAGCCUGCUAACAAUCCAGGAGCAACACCCCUCCCUCCCACCACAAUCAAAGAUCCAGCAUAAACAAAGAACUAGGAAGGCUUCUUUCUUCACUCACACUCACCCCCACCAUGAAAAAAAGAGGACAGAGUUUUUAAUUUUAAUUUUCUGGUGGUGUUUAUGUUGUUGGUUCCCCCUAAAUCGCUUUCCUCCAUAUUAAAAAGGAUGGUUUUAAAAAAAAUAUUUAAAGGAGACUAUCUUUUUGCUUGCUUGCAAAACAGGAGAGAUUGGUGGGGUGGGGGCUUUUGGGGGAGCCCUGUGGGAGGGGGAAUGAAAGGGAGAAUACUUAGCUGGCUGCCUUAUGCUGAAAUGGGAGGUUGGGUGCUAUGUGAGAAUGAUGGAGGAGGGUGUUUUUCAGUAAGCAGUGCAAGCAAAUACAGUGGUACCUCGGGUUACAGACACUUCAGGGUACAGACUCCACUAACCUAGAAAUAGUACCUCGGGUUAAGAACUUUGUUUCAGGAUGAGAACAGAAAUUGCGCAGCAGCGGCGCGGCGGCAGUGGGAGGCCCCAUUAGCUAAAGUGGUGCUUCAGGUUACGAACAGUUUCAGGUUAAGAACGGACCUCCGGAACAAAUUAAGUUCUUAACCCGAGGUACCACUGUAUGUUUCUACUCACAAGCAAGUCCUACUGAAUUCAACAGGGCUUACUCCCAGGUAAGUGGAAAUAAGCUUAGUUGAACUCGGGGGUUUAUGUAUGCAUAGAUUCCACUUAGUCCUUUGAGUGGGGAAGCAGAUGUAACUUGACUAGUAAAUCACUUAGGCUACUCUUAAAUUGGCGUUCCGUGUGCUGCGCUGUCUCACCAGAUGCAGCUUGUCACGCUGGCCACGUGACCCGGAAGUAUCUGCGGACAGCGCUGGCUCCCGGCCUCUAGAGUGAGAUGAGCGUACAACCCUAGAGUCUGUCAAGACUGGCCCGUACGGGCAGGGGUACCUUUACCUUUUUACUCUUAAAUUAGUUGAAAAUAGAUUGAAUAUAUUAUAUGGGAGUUCAUUUAAUAUUUUUAUUAAAUCUACUACUUCCUUACAUUUUAAGGCCCUCUGCUGUCACAGGGAACCACAGCCCACCCUCCGCCACUGCAUGGAGGUAUGGGGGACCCUCUGCUGCUGAAGGGAGGCCCAGCAAGGCCCUCCACCGCUGCAGGUGUAUAUUGUGAUAUGUCGAGAUAUGUUUAGUUGGUGAUAUAUCAUGAUGUUGAAAACCAGAUAUUGCCUAGCCCUAGUCGCUGAGAUUCUGUGGAAAGUUUCCUUCUAGUCUAAUGUGUGUCCCUUGCCCUCUCUGUGCCCUUCCAGGUCAUUGAUUCAUCAGAUGUCGUUGUGCAAGUGCUGGAUGCCAGAGACCCCUUGGGAACCCGCUCCCCCCACGUGGAGACUUACCUGAAGAAGGAGAAGCCCUGGAAGCACCUAAUUUUUGUCUUGAACAAGUGUGACCUUGUGCCCACAUGGGCCACGGUGAGUCUCGUGAAGGAGGGGUGCUUGCUGGCAGAGCCAGGAAGGAAAGCUGCCCUUUGAUGGCUUCCUGCCAAAUUCCCCUGGAAAUGGCCUUGUCAACCCCAGAAGCUGCUAGGUCUGAAACUGUUCCUUGGAGUGGAGCAAAGGGUUAGGCCACAGCUCCCCUGGGUGGGGGCUCAUUGGCAGGGAAACCAAUUUUGGAAGUGGGAUUUGGAUUUUGGAAGUGGGAUUUGAACAUUUCCAAAGUGCUAGACCUGCAGAGCAGGCUUUUCGUGUCUGGGAGUCUUUCGCUGUGAUCCCUGCGUAGCAGGGCUGUUGGACUAGUUGACCCUUUGGGUCCCUUCCUACUCUGCACUUCCAUGGUUCUGUGAUUCUAUGAGUAGCUGUGCCUUGUGAAGUGGGAUGCUGAAUGGCACACUCUUCCCUUCUCCUAGAAACGCUGGGUGGCUAUUCUCUCCCAGGAGUACCCAACUUUGGCCUUUCACGCCAGCCUCACAAACCCCUUCGGAAAAGGGGCCUUCAUUCAACUCUUGAGACAGUUUGGAAAGGUAAGGCACAUCUUUGUUUCAAAGGUGCAUUGCAGUGGCGUGCAGUCACUAAGACUAGGCCUGUCCCCUAAAUGUUUCCCUGGUGCCUCUUUCCCAAAGCCCGGAAAGCUUCUGCCUGGCUUAGGGAGGGAGGUGCGAGGCUCCAAUGGGUCCAAGAUCCAUCCUGCCAUCUUCCCAAAGCCCAUCUGGUUUUUGAAAGGAGGCUGGAGGGCUCCAUCAUCCUGUCAGAGCCCUGGUACCUCUUUUGCAAAGCCCGGGAAUUUUCUGACCGGCUUAGGGAGGGAGGCACGAUGCUCACGUGCAUGACAUCAGGACAUCACAAUGUCACAUGCGUGACAUUGCCGCCACCCCCAUCUCCCUUGCAAGCUUGCGCCUCUGGCCCUAACUGUUCCCCUAUGAAAAAUUUCACUGCACGCCACUGGUGCAUUGUCGGUGAAGAGCCUUGCAUUUUUUGGGGGGUGGGGGUGGGGUUGUUGAGAUGCAGUCUUCUGCAGGAGAUACAGUUUCGGAAAUCCCCAUGGGGUUGGGGGGGGCUCUUGGUUUCUGCUGUGCUAGGAAGUCUGAUUUCCUGGGAGCGUCCUCCCUCCCCCCAAGAGGAAGCCAUCAAGUUUCACAUGAGAGAUGCCAGCAGGUACCAUCUUCUAUUGUUGGGGACUGCACUGCAUAGGUAUGGCGGCGGCAGCUGCUGGUGGGACAAGUAGAUUACUUGAACUGCUAGGCUAGCAGAUGACUGUAGGUGUUUGUGUGUGCCCAUUGUCAUUGAGAACCUCUUUCCCUCAGCCCGAAAGCCCAGAAGCCUCUGUUCUUGCACACUUGCACUGGAGCAAGCUUAUUUUCUGCUGCUCCAGAGGGUAGACCUGAAUUAGUGAAUUCAAACGAACAAGGAAGGAGGUUCCAGUGAAACAUGAGGAAGAACUUUCUGGUGGUAAGAGCUGCUUGACAGUGGAACAGGAAGUCGUGGACUUCUUUUCCUUGGAGGUUUUUGAACAGAGGUUGGAUUCAUUAGCUGUGUUUUCUGCAUUGCAGGGAUUGAACUAGAUGACCCUUUGGGUCCCUUCCAACUCUAUAGUUCUGUGAUUCUGUGCUAGUUCCAUACUGACAGCCGCCCCUUCUCUCAGUGACUAGACAAGCAGUGAUCCCCCAAAGAACCUGAUGUGCUGCUUUUCUGCUGGAAGAGAGCGGUGGCAGCAGCAAAGGAGGUGGCAGCUGUUUGGCCUCCCUCCUUGCUCUUCUCCAGAGUAAACUGGGGAAGGGGCAUAGCUCAGUGUGCAGAAGGUCACUGGCAUCUCCAGGAAAGGCUGGGGGAGGCUUCUUCUCUGAAACCCAGGAGAACCAUUGCGGCCGCUUAGUGUGGAGGAUGCUGAUUCUGUUCAGGGCAGUUUCCGUUCUUCUUUGGUGAAGUUAAGGAUUGCUGUGUCCUCUAAGAGAAAGAGGUCUAUUGGUGGCUACUAGCCACCAAUGGUUGGACGUCUCCUGUUUGAGGAGGCCCAGUGGAUGCUAUGCCCACACACGUCCUUCUCUCCCAACAGCUGCAUGUGGACAAGAAGCAGAUCAGUGUGGGCUUCAUUGGCUACCCCAAUGUGGGAAAGAGCUCUGUGAUCAACACACUCCGUUCCAAGAAGGUCUGCAAUGUGGCUCCCAUUGCUGGCGAGACAAAGGCAAGUGGCCUUCUUCACCAUCCCCAAAAAGUGGGGGGUGGGGGCUCAUGUUUAAUUUCCAGUAGGCAAAGGCGAGGGCGAGUUGCUAAAGGUGGCUCUUCCCCUCCUCCUUCAAUCAAUCCCUACUGUCAUCAAGGAGGAAAUGCUGCCUCUUAAUCUCCAGGGAGCAACCCCUGAAGGUGUUUGACUCUCCUUCCCCCAGCAGUGCUGAGGUGGGAGAGAGAGGGAGAGCACAUUAAUUAAUCUCUGCUGAGCAGCCCCAGUUUAAAGUAGCUGCUACCACAUUCAUUUUCAGGUGAAUAAGGAGGGCCAAGUUGAUGCCAUUCUUUCAUCCCACAGGUGUGGCAGUACAUCACUUUGAUGCGCCGCAUCUUCCUCAUUGACUGCCCAGGUGUGGUGUACCCCUCCGGUGACACAGAGACAGACAUUGUGCUGAAGGGAGUGGUGAGUAGUGGAAGGGACAAGCGUUGAAAGGAUCAGGUGCUUCUCUCCUAGCCCAGCCCUGGUUUAUUAUUUAUUUUUCUGAAUUUAUAUCCCACCUUUUUCUCUAAAGAGCUAAAGGUGGCAUAUAUAUGGCUUUCUUUCACCUGCCUCAUUUUAUUCCUACAACAACCCUGUGAGAGGCAGUGACUGGCCAUCAAGGUCACCCAAGGUCCUAGUGCAACACUAACCUCUACAGUACUCUGACUCUCCAUAUUUGUUGUCUACCAUAUUUCACUAUCAAAAAGGUGCUGAGGAUUAGGAUACUUGAAUUGUCUUUGAAGAGGCUUCCUGGCUCCUCAACAUCUGGCGGAGGGGACACACAGGCCCAUCAGAACCCCUGCCUUUGCUCGUUGGAGCCACCCUGCUUCGUUCUCACUGCUGCAGCUGUGCCCCAAAUUCCCCAAUGCCGUGGUAAUGAGCUGCUUUUCUUAUCUCCAGGUUCAAGUGGAAAAAAUCAAGUGCCCGGAAGACCACAUCGCUGCUGUGCUAGAAAGGGCCAAGCCAGAAUACAUCAGCAAGACGUACAAAGUGGACUUCUGGGAGAAUGCAGAGGACUUCCUUGAGAAGCUGGCCUUUCAGAUGGGGAAGCUGCUCAAGGUGAAGGAGGAGAGCCUGCCUUUCCUUCCUGGGGAUUGUGGGUGGAGGGUUAUAUGGCCAGGCUGUCAUGGAAGAAGUCACUUGCUUGGGCUAGCUAGCUGCUGAACUGCAAUUUGAUUGGGGAAACCAUGUAGCUCAGUGGCAAAGCAUCUGUCUUGCAAGAAGGUCCCAGGUUCAAUCCCCAAUGGAAUCUCCCAAGUAGGCUUCUCUCAAACCCCGGAGAGCUGUUGCUAGUCAGUGUAGACAGUACCGAGCUAGAUAGAAUGAAUAUAAGGCUAGGUUCCUGUGAUUAAUAGGCCAGGAAUAUAUGUACUUUGGAAGCAAUGUCAAUAAUAGGAAAGUGUUUCAUCAGAGGAAGAAUGAGAAGAGCAAGCAGGCACUCUUUGGUGACUUGUCUCGUUCCAGGAAUCCAUCCAUCCAAGUGACAGGUGUCGGCUACAAGGGGAAAGGUAUGCUUGUGGGGUUCUAGAGAAAAUGGGGUUGCAAUCUAUCCUUCAUAAGUAUCCCCACCUUCUUGCUGUAGCCAGAACCUGCCUCUUGUGAGCUCAAUAAUGAGACUCCACCUUUCCUUUUAGAGAGUUUCAGCAGAGAGGCCCCUUUUUUCACAAAUGUCUAUGCUUUGUGGGUCUGAAAGCACUGUUCCACUGCCAUUUCAGGGAGGAGAGCCUGAUGUGAGCACAGUGAGCAAAAUGGUGCUGAAUGACUGGCAGAGAGGCCGCAUUCCUUUCUUCGUGAAGCCCCCAAAUAUGGAGCAGGGCUCCCAGGUAAGAGCUGCUUGUUUAAGGUGGGUGAGCAAAGGUGCCAUCUGAUUUCUCAGUCCCAGUGUGGUUGCGGCUGGAAUUCUUUGGAAAACAGAAAAGAUGGGAUAUAAAUCCUCCAAAAAAAUAAUUGAUUUUGAACAACAUGUAUUUAAAAAAAAAUAAUAUUUAAUAUUUUUCCAAAAACUUAAACACUAAAAAGAAAAAAAACAAUACAACACAUCAAAUUAACAAAACAAGACAAAGACAAUAAAAUAAAUCAAACAAUUUCAUUAUCCCAUCUUUCAUUCACUUAUUUCCACGACCUCCUCACACCUCCCUUUUUGUAUUCCACUUCUGUUAAUAAUUUCAGCAAUUCCUUUCCAUCUUCCUCUGUUUUCUAUCCUAUAAUUAUCUUAACUCAUUCUAACCUUAUUUUUUCCUUUAAUGCUCUAUUAACCUAUCUGUACUUAAUUCCUUAUAAUAUUUCUACUAAAGCCAUAUAACUUCAUUCCAACAUUUUUCUAACAUUCAUUAAUUUUACAAUAUUUCUGUAGAUAGUCUUUAAACUUUUUCCAAUCUUCUUCCACCGACUCUUCUCCCUGGUCUCGGAUUCUGCCAGUCAUUUCCGCCAGUUCCAUGUAGUCCAUCAACUUCAUCUGCCAUUCUGAUUUUGAACAACAUGUAACGUAAACUGGUGAGCAAUAUCUAAGCAAGUGGAGCAAAAUUGAUUUUGCCUGGUCCUCAUUUGGAUGGCAAGCAACUCUUGGACUAAUAAAUCACUCUUGUCCAUCAGCCAUGGCAGAAAACAGGAUGAUCUUACUGGCCAAGUGAUUUUACUCAAAAGGGGGGCAGGGGCAAAACAUUCCCAUCUGCCCUCAUGGUAAAAAGGACAGGACAAAUGAAAAUGAGACAGCACUUAAGACCAGGCUAGUCCCACUGUUUCAGUGUUUUGGGGGGUCCUACAUCAAAUACCUUACACUUCUAAAAUCACAGUAGAAGGUGAUGCUUUCUUUAAUUCUAACAGAAGUCACUGCUGUUUUGUUUACUAGUAGUUCUUUGCUGCAAACUAAAACCAUGGAGAAAAUCAGGAGUCCUCCCCCACCACCCCAAAAUAAAAUAAAUUCAGGUGAUUUUUGCAAAUAUAAAGGGAUGGUUUCUAAAAGGAGCUUUGGGUCAAGCCAAAAACUCUAAUCUGGAAUCCCUGGCCCUUAAUCCUAGAGAUGUAGGGGAAGGAGCACUUGGUACGUGUUUAAUGUGGAAGGAAAAUCAAAGAGCAUAUCUAAUCUGCAUUUUGAUCAGGUUUUGAAGCUGGACCCUGCUGAGGUGCAAUUACAGACCCAGCAGUGGGAAGUAAGAUGUUCUGGAGUGGAACUGACACAUUGGCAUGUGGGUGUUGGUAAUUGUGGCUCCCAGAGAUGCUUCCUUGCCUUCAUCUUCCAGCCCACAGGUGCUGCUUUGGAAGUGCCCGCAGCUGCCAGUCUGAGCGAGAGCCCUGGGGAGAGCCUUGUUUCGACGGAGACAGCUGCAGCAGAGCCCAGGGGCGAGGAGGGCCCCCCACAGGAAACGAAAUGGCCCUUGUCCCAUGUGCGGCAGAACUUUGGGAAGCUCCACGUGGCCCCUCAGUUCUUGAAGGAGGACCUGAUCCCCGUGGAUGUGCUUGAUGUUGAUGGGACGGACAGUGAUCCAGAAGAGGAGGAGGAGGAGGAAGAAGGUGGGGAGGAGGAAGGGCACUCCCAGCUUGGCAAGACAGAUAACAGGCCCUCCGGCAAGGAAAGCACCAGGCAGGACCCAAAGGCAGUGCUGAAAUCCCUGGAUGAGAAGAUUGCCAAGUACAAGAAAUUCUUGGACAAGGCCAAGGCCAAGAGGUUCUCGGCAAUAAGGUAGUGGCUUUUGCGCUGUCCCUGGGAGUGGGAUGGAGCUUGGUUGAGCUUGAUAGUUACAUGGGUGUAAAAGUCCAAAAAGUGGAGGCUAAGCUUCUGUCCAGCCAUUAUGUUGCCUUUCCGACCCAGCGGCAGCUGAGGCAGUCCAGCUGGCCACAACAUGCCAUGAGCAGAGAUUAGAUGACUUGGCCCAGCCACAUACUGCAGAGGAAGGCUUUUGCUGUCCCAGGCAUUGCUUGCCCCCCCCCCCCCGCGGCCUUGAUUUUGGGAGGUGGUCUUGCUCCAUCAGCGAGUACUCUUCUGUGCUCUUCUGCCACAACCUUCAGUGUCUCUCUCCCCCAGAGUAUGUGAUGUGUGCGACUCCUGCAGAGGUGGAUGGUCUUGCUAAAUUGUGACUGUCGCAGAUGGUAUGCCUGCUUAGAUGGCAAGGUCUGUGUGUGUCUGUGUCAGAAUGCCAGCUGUGUGCAGGUUUUUGCAAGGGGCCUAAAUGCCCACCUCCUUGCCUUGCAGAAUUCCCAAAGGACUGAGUGAAAAAGUCUUUGCAAAAUCACAGUUGGACUCUGGUGCAGUUGCAAGUGAUGAAGCUGCAGGUAGGUUGGCAUUAUGACAGCACUGGGAGGUCUCCAUCUGAGAGCUCACCCACAAGAGGCCCGUCCUGCCUGUAAUCCCAUGGUGAGAGGGGAUGGCCUGCUCCCGGCUGUCCUUGGCUGUGCUCCUUCCACUACGCAGUCCUGAGUGACUGGGAAACAAUUGAAAGCUCUACAUCAAGGGAGGGGUCAAUUAUUAAUAAGAAUAUUAUUUAUUAAAUUUAUAUACUGCCCUUCUUCCAAGGAUCACAGGGCGCUUUACAGUAUAAAGGCAAACAACAAACAAAACAAUACCCACCGACUCCCAUUUAAUAAGGCCAUAAAUUGUUUCUUUAGUCAAAGGCUUGGGAGAAGAGGAAUGUUUUAACCAGGCGACCAAAGAUCUAUAAUGAAGGCGCUAGGCGAGUCUCCCCAGGGAGAGCAUUCCUCAGAUGGGAAGCCACAGCAGAAAAGGUCCAUUCUCGUGUUGCCACCCUCUGGACCUCUUAUAUUCUAUGGAUUGGGCUGUCAUCGGCCUAAGUAGUUGCAGGAAGGCCUUAUGUCUUUGGGAACCCCUAGCCACUCAUCACCCUGCAGUGCUUGGCAGUUUGGAAAAGCUCCAGCCAUCGGCCUGAGCAGAACCACAAGUUUCUGGAGCAUUUUGCCUCACACAUUCUUGAAAUGCUGCUUUUAGGGAGUUCGAGGAAAGCUGAGAAAAGAGGACGGCAAGAGGAUGGUGAACAGGACCAGGGUGCCUGUCCGGUGAAGGUUUGCAAGAAACAGAGUUCCAAAGAGGUAGGUGCCAACAGUAUCUUUCUGCAGCUCCCACAGUUUCAGGGCAAGGGGGGCUUUUGCAGCUUAUGCACAAAAAUUUGUACAGCAUGUUACGUGGAAGGGAAAAUAUUCACUGUGUAAGCCCACCUUUUGUUCCUUUUAAAUAACAAUGAAUUUGCCCAUUCAUUUGCACAUGGCAAAAUGACAUGGGCUGUGGCAGCAGUGAUGCUUUCCUUUGACUGACUAAAGUGGGGAGGGGUCAGGGCAUGUUCCCUCUUCCACAGUCUCCUGUGUCCCCACUGCAUCUGAUGGGUGAGAUUGUCCAAUUAAAAACAAAUUGCCAAAGAGGGUAGCACAAACUUUCUUUGCUUCUUUCACAGAGGAGAAGAGCAGAGCGGCAGCAGCAUUCAAAGAAAGUCGGUGUCCGAUACUAUGACACACAUAAUGUCAAAAACAAAAACAGGAACAAGAAGAAACCCAACUCAGCAGGACAGAAAUCAAAAACUAAGAGAAAUAAACACAAGUAAUAGUUUUCUGAUCUAGACGCCUUUCUGUCCAGUUUUCUGACUGAAAAUAGGGAUUCAGCUUUAGCCCACAUGUUGCGUCUAUGCGGUAUUCCUGUGCUCUCAAAUUAUAGGUUCUCUAAUGUUAAGGGAUAUGUUUCCUGUGUGUUUUUGGCAGAUGGAGAAAUUUUUAUAUAGAACCUUGAACUUGCAGAUGCUUCUGUAAUUGGAGCUACAUAUCAUUGAUAGAGCACAUACCUGCAUGUAAAUAAAUAAACCUGCCAUAAAAGGAGAUGGGAUCAGUUAGCUCUGCUUCAGUGGGAAGACUUUUUGACCCUUGUUAAACCUCUGGCUAGGAAAUUAAGAAAUGAAGCAGCAGCAAGUAAAACUGCUCAUUUCCUGAGUUAAACUAUGGAACUUGCCCAAACACAAAGCAGUGAUAGCCACCAAUUUGGAUGGGUUUAAAAGAGGAUUAGACAAGUGCAUGGAGGAGGAGAGGGCUAUUGGUGGCUACCAGCCAUGGGGGCUAUGCUCUGCCUCCACAGUUCAAGGCAGCAAUGCUUCUGAAUGCCAGUUGCAGGAAGCCACAGGAGGGGAGAGGGCUCUUGUGCUGGAAUCUUGCUUGCUGGGUUUCCACUAGGGCAUCUGGGUUGCUACUAUGAGAACAGGAUGCCGGCCUGAUUUAGCAGGCUGGUGGCGCUGUGGUUUAAACCACUGUGCCGCUUGGAAGGUCGGCGGUUCGAAUCCCCGCGACAGAGUGAGCUCCCGUUGCUCGGUCCCAGCUCCUGCCAACCUAGCAGUCCGAAAGCACGCAGUGCAAGUAGAUAAAUAGGUACCACUCCGGUGGGAAGCUAAACAGCGUUUCCAUGCACUUCGGCAGAAGCGGAUUAGUCAUUCUGGCCACAUGACCCAGAAAAAUUGUGGAAGCAGACAAACGCCAGCUCCCUAGGCCUGUAGAGCGAGAUGAGCACCGCAACCCCUGAGUCAUUCGUGAUGGGACUUAACUGUCAGGGGUACCUUUACCUUUAUGUUCUUAAAGAGGCUGACUGGAUAUUUAAAUAUCAAGGAAACUCGUGCCAAUUAAGCAAACAGACCAAGUUUCAGAAUUGUUUAGUUUAAUGUGACUUUGUAGAGCCUUUGUCCUGCUGCAGGACGGAGGCUUGCCCGGUAAUAACAAACUGAAGUACUACUACAUAAAAAAAUACUUUUAAAAAUUCCAUUUAGGGUAAACUGGUGAGGCAAAUCCCAAACCAGCUGAGAAAUCACUAGAAGCAGAGAAGGGGAGCUGAUCCAGAUGAGAGAGGGGGUGCAAAUUAAUUCUGGAACCUUUUUUAAAGAACUCUUGGAAGAUAUUCUUUUGUUUGCCACUCAGGAGGCACUCCCCCCUCCAGCCCUGGGCUGUUGGAAAGGUCCACUACUUCUUUGGUGCAAUGAUGCCUUCAAGCUGCGCCUGAAAAGCAGAAAAAGACAGACUAAUUAAUUAGUCUCUCACUUUUGCCAGAAGGUGCACAUCUAACAAUCCACUGCUUCACUUGGAGGCUGCUGCAGUGCUGGGGGCUGAAACAAGUUGGAGUGGAGAGGGGGGUGUUGUUUGUUCUUGCAUUCCUCAUCCCAUGUUUUAUAAAUUAAGUUUCUUUCAUUCUUGGCAUGGAAGUCUGUUGCUUUAUGAGAAGAAAGUGGAGAGUUGGCAAUGUUUCCUGGCUACAAAAGUCUCAUUUCAUAAUGUAAAAGUACUAAAGAGGAAAUUGAAUC